UUCAACCAACCUUUGGUCCGCCGAAACCAUAGCAGCCCUGGGAGGGGUCGGGCAUGUACAUGUUUUUCCUCGACCAAGUGACCAAGUGCUUACAAUGCGAGGGAGAGCUAAGCAUUGUGUGUUCGUUUACGCCAUCUGGCGAGUGGCCGGUCACGAAACCCGUUUGGUUCCGUGCUUCAACGAUGGGUUGCUUCAAGGCGGACAUCCAACAGAAAGUGAAGGAACUUCAACAGCUCUUUCUGACCGAAAACCGCGAUCGGCGCCACUAUGGUUUGCGGGUGGACGAGAUCGUGCAGCUGCAGCGGCUCCCGGUGCUCGAAAAGCAUGGCCUUCGGAGCGUCACGGACAUGUACAAAGCCUUUGAGGGACCUCUCAAUGAAGACCCGCGACUCAUCGCCAAGCAGGCUGAGAUCUAUACCACGCUUGGGCAAGACCUGACAUGGCUUCCUGCCAAGGAAACCUAGCUGGGUGGCUGCUGGCUGCGGGGGCGGCUGCUUCGCGCUGCGGAAGCACAGCGGAAAGC